AUGCUGGUAUUUUCUUAUGUCGCUACUGCUACACCCAUCUACACCGUCGAGCUGCUUGCCUGGAGCCCCACUAUCAUCAGCCCUACUCUUAUGACAGUUUGGGAACGUAAUUCCACGCAGACUGUGCUCUGGGAGACGAACAACAUCCCUGAGGAGGAACAGAAUUCUACUGGUCUCCUGCUGUUAGGAUACAUGGAAAACAUGUCCGAGAAUUUAGACAUUGAGCACCCCUUGGCUGCGAAUUUCCCUAUCGUUGAUGGUCAGGUCUCAAUCACUGUUCCUCAGAACUGCGACGCCUCGCGGCAAUGCUAUUGUUUGUUUGGUGACUCUGGAAAUGCUUCUCCUGAGUUCGUCAUCACCUAA